CUGCGAAUUCGUCACAUAGCCUAGUCGCGGCUUUCAAGUCGCAUGACGCCGUUUAACUCUCUGCCAACGAACGGUCCAAAGUCAUCGUGUUGUCCGCCUGACCAAGCCCGAUAACUCGAACUGACAGCUGAAGUCGCGAACAUUCCGACUUCUGGAAAGCGACGCUUGAACGCACCCAGCCAAGCCAGUCUCAAGUAAGGCAAGGAAAGUUUAGACCGAGUCGAGCUGUUCUUUGUGGAGGCAGCACCGCGGAGCGGCCCGCCUAGCCAACCAGUGUGCCCAUAGUGCUCACGGCCCGAAGCAAGAUGCCCACCACAGAGAAGGACCUGGCGGAGGACGCGCCGUGGAAGAAGAUCCAGCAGAACACCUUUACGCGCUGGAUCAACGAGCACCUCAAGUGCGUCAAUAAGAGGAUCGUGGACCUGCAGCUGGACCUGGGCGACGGCCUGCGGCUCGUCGCCUUGCUGGAGGUCCUCAGCCACCAGAAGAUGCAUCGCCGCUUCCACCCCAGGCCCAACUUCAGGCAGAUGAAGUUGGAGAACGUCUCAGUGGCGCUCGAGUUCCUAGACAACCAGAACAUCAAGCUCGUCUCCAUUGACUCUAAAGCCAUCGUAGACGGUAAUCUGAAGCUGAUUCUGGGUCUGGUGUGGACCCUCAUCUUGCACUACUCCAUCUCCACGCCCAUGUGGGAGGGCGACGAGGAGUCUGACUCCAAGACGCCCAAGCAGCGUCUUCUGGGCUGGAUCCAGAACAAAGUCCCCGACAUGCCCAUCACCAACUUCCACCAGGACUGGAGGAGCGGGAAGGUGCUGGGGGCGCUGGUGGACGGUUGUGCACCAGGGCUGUGUCCGGAUUGGGAGACUUGGGAUCCAGUGAAGCCGGUUGAGAAUGCCACAGAAGCCAUGCAGCUGGCUGACGACUGGCUGGGCAUCCCGCAGGUCAUCACCCCAGAGGAGAUCAUUAACCCACAGGUGGACGAGAUGUCGGUGAUGACGUACUUGUCUCAGUUCCCCAAAGGCAAACUGAAGCCCGGAGCGCCACUCAAACCCAAACUCAACCCAAAGAAGGCCCGAGCUUACGGACCAGGUAUCGAACCGACGGGCAACCGGGUGCUCCGCCCUGCCUUGUUCACAGUGGACACGUUCAGCGCCGGGCAGGGUCCGGUGACAGUCUAUGUAGACCAACCGGACGGCACCAGACAAGAGCUCAAGGUGGAGCCCAACGACGCCAAGAGGACGUACGCCGUCUCCUUCGUGCCUCAAGUGGUCGGAACCCAUAAGGUGACAGUUUUGUUUGCGGGGCAACCCAUCCCCAAGAGCCCCUUUGAGGUGGGCGUGGACAAAGCGCUGGGCGACGCCUCCAAGGUGACACUGAAAGGCCCGGGUAUCGAACCCGUGGGCAAUGUUGCCAACAAGCCCACGUACUUUGACAUCUCCACCGCAGGCGCGGGCACAGGAGACGUGACGGUGAGCAUCAAAGACCCGCAGGGCCGAGACAACAGCGUGGAGGUCAUGAUGGAGGACAAGGGCGACAACGUGUACCGCUGCAGCUACCGACCCGCACAGGUCGGCCCGCACUCGCUGACCGUCACCUUCGGGGGCGCCGCUGUACCAAAGAGCCCCUUCGUCGUCGACGUGGGCCCAGCCUGCCUACCGGGCGCGUGUAGAGCGACUGGCCGCGGCCUGCAGGCGUCGGGUAUGCGAGUGAAACAGGUGGGAGACUUCAAGGUGGACACCAGGAACGCCGGCAGCGGAGAACUCAAGAUUCUCCUCAAAGAUCCCAACGGUGGCGAGGUGAGCGUGAAGCAGAUCUCAAGUCAGGACAAAGUGCACGCCUUUGAGUAUUGCCCACUCUCUACGGGCAAAUACACCGUCUCCAUUUCCUGGGCGGGGCAGCAAAUACCCAAGGGUCCAUUCGAGGUCACCGUGGGUCCGGAAGCGGAGCCGCAACAGAUCCGGGCGUGGGGACCCGGUCUGGAGGGGGGUGUCGUGGCUAAACCUGCCAUCUUUGUGGUGGAGUCUGUGGGCAGUGAUGUGGGAGUCCUGGGCUUUGCCAUCGAGGGUCCGUCCCAGGCUAAGAUCGAGUGCGAGGACCAGAACGACGGCUCGUGCAACGUCCGCUACUGGCCCACGGAGCCGGGCGAGUACGCCGUCCAUGUCACCUGCGACGACGACGACAUCGAGCUCAGCCCCUUCAUGGCCUACAUCCUGCCCGAUCGCCAUAACAACCACCCUGACAAGGUUCAAGCGUUCGGGCCCGGGCUGGAGAAGAGCGGCUGCCUGAUCCACCAGCCUACGGAGUUCACCGUCAAUGCCAAGGAUGCUGGCAACGGUCCACUCAAGAUCAUGGCGCAGGAUGCCGAGGGUCUCCCCGUGGAGGUGAAGGUGCGCAGCAAAGUCGAGGGCCAGUACACAUGCUCCUACACGCCUGCCUCGGCCCUCAAGCACACGCUGGCUGUGUCCUGGGGAGGAGUCAGCAUCCCCGGGAGCCCCUUCAGGGUGAACGUGGGCAAAGGCAGCCACCCAAGUGAGGUCAAAGUCUUCGGCCCGGGAGUGGAGAUGACUGGACCCAAAGCCAGCGAGCCCACGCACUUCACCAUUGACUGCUCCAGAGCGGGAGAUGGUGACGUCAGCGUGGGCAUCAAGUGUGACAGCAACAUGGUGGGUGACCGGGAAGCCGACGUGGACUUUGACAUCAUCCCCAACGCCAACGACACGUUCACUGUCAAGUACAUCCCGCCCGCCGCGGGACAGCUCACCGUCAAAGUGCUCUUCACUGACAAGGAAGUUCCCCAGAGUCCUUUCCUGGUGAACGUCGACCCCUCCCACGAUGCAGCCAAGGUCAAAGCCACGGGCCCCGGACUGGCUCGCACAGGUGUGGAAAGCGGAAUACCGACCCACUUCACGGUCCUGACAAAAGGAGCGGGAAAGGCACCGCUGGAUGUCACCUUCUCAUGUCCUGUCAAUGAUUUUGACAUCAUCGACAACUACGACUACUCGCACACUGUCAAGUACACGCCGGUCGCCCCGGGCCCGAUGAGCAUCGCAGCGACGUUUGGCGGGGACCCCAUUACAAACAGUCCCUUCGCCGUGGGCGUGGCGCAACGCCUGAACCUCAACAACGUGGGCGUUGACAAUCUGGACGGACGUGUGGAGGUGGGCCAAGCGCAGCACUUCCUGGUUAACACAAAGGGAGCCGGAGGUCAAGGACGCCUGGAGGUUGAGGUGCUGAGCCCCAGCCAGCGGCACGUGCCGUGCAAAGUGGAGCCACUGCCCGGGAAAGCCAACGUGCAUCAGGUGCUGUACACCCCCACAGAAGAGGGGGUGUACGCCGUCAACGUGUCCUAUGACGGACACCCCAUCGCGGGGAGCCCCUUCCCCGUGGAGGGCCUGCUGCCUCCGGAUCCCAGCAAGGUGAAGGCCCACGGUCCAGGUUUGAAGGGAGGCUUUGUUGGGAACCACGCUGAGUUCACCAUAGACACCAAAGGGGCCGGCACAGGUGGUUUGGGUCUGACAGUGGAGGGACCCACCGAGGCCAAAAUCGAGUGCUCGGACAACGGGGACGGGACCUGUUCCGUCUCCUACCUGCCCACGGAACCCGGAGAAUAUCUGGUCAACAUCCAGUUCGAGGAGGUCCACAUCCCGGGCUCACCCUUCCGAGCGGACAUCCACUGGCCUUUUGAUCCGAGCAAGGUGGUGGCCACUGGGUCGGGCCUGAGCAAGGCCAAGGUGGGAGAGGCCAGUGUGGUCUACGUUGACUGCGCCCAAGCUGGACGUGGUCAACUCAGCCUGGAGGCUGUUCCAGACCCGUCUUCUGCAUCCACACCUGCAGGUGUGAAAGCAAAGACGGAAGUGGUGGACAACAAAGACGGGACAUACGCGGUCACCUACGUUCCUCUGACGUCGGGAACGUACACUUUGCUGCUUAAGUACGGCGGCAAAGCCGUUCCCGGUUUCCCUGCCAAGGUGAUGGUGGUCCCAGCCAUCGACGUCUCCCAAGUCAAAGUGUCUGGGCGUGGAGUGGACGGAAAAGGCGUCUUCAGAGAAGCCACCGCCACGCUUAUGGUGGACGCUCGUCCUCUGAGCCGGAAGGGCGGGAACCGUGUGAAAGCCGAGGUCAGGAACCCGUCUGGGGCUCUGACAGACUGCGUGGUCAAAGACAAUAAGGACGGGACGUACAGCAUUGAGUACACACCGUAUGAAAACGGCGAGCACAGUGUCCAGGUUCUCUACGAAGACACGCCCGUUCUACGGAGCCCGGCCAGGGUUUGCGUGUCUGACGGCUGCGACCCCAGCAGAGUGAUGGCCACGGGGCCAGGCCUCAACAAGGGCCUGACCGAUAAAACCAACUCCUUCAAAAUCAUUACCAGGGGGGCAGGCACUGGUGGUCUGGGCAUCACCGUUGAGGGUCCGUCUGAGUCCAAGAUGGCGUGCAAAGACAACAAAGAUGGUAGCUGCAGUGUGGAUUACGUCCCCUUCACGCCAGGCCUCUAUGACGUCAACAUCCUCUAUGGAGGAGAGCACAUUCCCGGAAGCCCUUUCAAAGUUCCAGUCGAGGACCUUGUAGAACCCAGUAAAGUGAAGGUUUACGGGCCGGGAGUGGCCCCGGGGGUUCGGGCCAACAUCCCGCAGAUGUUCACGGUGGACUGCAGUGAGGCAGGCCUAGCACCGCUCGUGGUCGCUGUGCGCACUCCCAAAGGGUUGUCAGAACCUGUGGAGGUGUUGUCCAAUGGGGACGGCACCCACACGGUGUCCUACACGCCCUCUGUGGAGGGCGCCUACUCUGUGGCUGUACAGUACGCCGAAGAGGACAUUCCCAGAAGUCCGUUCCCUGUUCGAGUGCUUCCCACCCACGACGCCCGUAAAGUACGAGCCAGCGGCCCCGGGCUGACCAGCAAAGUCCUCGCCAGCUUCCCCGUGGAGUUCAACAUCAACGCCAAGAAAGCCGGACAGGGACAACUGAGUGUGCUCAUCACUGACCAGGACGGCAAACCCAAGCUGCCCACUAUCCACGACAACGGAGACGACACGUACAAUGUAUCGUACGUGCCCGACCGAGCGGGUCGCUACACCAUCGUCAUCAAGUACGGCGGUGACGACAUCCUGGACUCGCCUUACAAAGUCCAAGCCACGGUGACGGGAGACGCCAGCAAGUGCACCACGACUGGGCCUAAAGUGGACCCGAGAGGGGAACUGGAUCAGGAGCUGUUCCUCCUGGUCAACACCAAGGGUGCGGGCAAAGGCAAAGUGAACUGCGUGGUGGUGCAGCCCAACGGCAGUGAGGUGGACGCCGCAGUGAAGGACAACCAGGAUGGAACUUUCCACGCUUUCUGCACGCUGCAGGAGCCGGGCGACUACAUUAUGUUCGUGCGUUUCGGUGGGGAGCACAUCCCCGGUAGUCCCUUCAAAGUCAAGGCAACCAAUGAGGUCCCUGCCAUGCAAGAACUGACGUCAAUCCAGCAGGAAGGUGCUCCAUCAGGACUUGGCUUUCAGCCCUGGGUGACGUCAGAUGAGCUCGGCAACGGCAUUGGCGGCGGCAGCGCAUUCAGACCCUUCCACAUGGUCAUUCCUUUCGCCUUCAAGAGGGGGCAAGUCACCGGCCAGGUUCUGAUGCCGUCGGGAAAGUCUGCUCAGCCGCUGAUCACGGACAACCUGGAUGGGACGGUCACUGUGCAGUACUCUCCCACCGAGGCCGGCCUGCACGAGAUGCACAUCAAGUAUAACGGAGUGCACAUUCCAGAGUCCCCUCUUCAGUUCUACGUGAACCGCUCCAGUAGUCCCAGUGUGACGGCCUACGGUGCAGGCCUCAGCUACGGCGUGGCCAAUAAGACUUCGGUGUUCACCGUCAACACAGAGGAUGCUGCUGAAGGUGGCCUGGACCUGGCCAUCGAGGGUCCGUCCAAGGCGGAAAUCACCUGCCUGGACAACAAGGACGGCACGUGCACCGUCAGCUACCUUCCCACGCUGCCGGGAGACUACUGCAUCCUGGUCAAGUACAACAACAAGCACAUUGCUGGCAGCCCGUUCACCGCCAGGAUCACGGAGGACAAACAACGGCGCUCGCAGGUGAAAUUGGGCUCAUCGGCCGACUUCUUCCUGAACAUCAACGAGACGGACUUGAGUCUCCUCAGCGCCAGCAUCACGGCGCCGUCGGGCCGCGAGGAGCCCUGCCUGCUCAAGAGGAUGGCCAACAACCACGUGGGCAUCUCCUUCAUCCCCCGCGAGGUGGGCGAGCACUCCGUCAGCAUCACCAAGAACGGAUGCCACGUGGCCAACAGCCCCAUCUCCAUCAUGAUCGUGCAAUCUGAGAUCGGAGACGCCGGGCGCGUUAGGGCCUACGGUGAUGGCCUGGCGCAAGGGACCACGUUCACAGACACCAGCUUCAUGGUGGACACGCGCGACGCCGGUUACGGUGGGCUGGCGCUAGCCAUCGAGGGUCCGAGCAAGGUGGACAUCCAGACGGAGGACAUGGAAGACGGGACGUGCCGCGUCUCCUAUUGUCCCACCGAGCCCGGAAACUACAUCGUCUCCAUUCGCUUCUCUGACAAGCCCAUCCCAGGGAGUCCGUUCACAGUGCCGGUGACGGGCGAAGGUCGCAUCCGGGAGAGCAUCACCCGCAAACAGAGGGCGGCACCUGUUGCGGGCGUGGGCAGCGUCUGUGACCUCAGCCUCAAGAUACCAGCCCUGGACAUACGCGAUGUCCGAUCCGAGGUCACGUGCCCGUCGGGCGCCGUUCAGCCUGCUCAGCUGGUUGCCGCGGGCAACGACACAUACUGCGUGCAGUUCGUGCCCACCGAGAUGGGCGUGCACAGAGUGAGCGUCCGGUACCGGGGCGCCCACGUGCCCGGCAGCCCCUUCCAGUUUACUGUGGGGCCGCUGGGCGAGGGCGGUGCCGCCAAGGUCAAAGCGGGAGGCCCUGGACUGGAGGGAGCACUGGUGGGAGAGCCAGCCGAGUUCAGUAUCUGGACCAGAGAGGCCGGCGCCGGGGGCCUGUCUGUGGCCGUGGAGGGUCCCAGCAGGGCCGAGAUCUCCUUUGACGACCGCAAAGACGGAUCCUGCGGCGUCUCCUACGUGGCACAGGAGCCCGGGGACUACGAAAUUGCCGUCAAGUUCAAUGAUCAGCACAUCCCUGACAGUCCCUACCUGGUCCGUGUGGCGGCCUCCACCUACGACACCCAACGCAUGAUCGUCACCGGACUUCAGAAGUCUGGUCUGAAGUUGAAUCAGCCGUCGGCCUUCACCGUGUCAAUGGAAGGAGCCAAAGGAAAACCGGAGGCCAAGGUCACCAGCCCCUCAGGAGCUCAAGAGGAGUGUGCCGUCAAACAUCUGGAAGAAGACAAGUACUCGAUCCACUUCAUCCCCCGGGAGCGAGGUCUCCACACAGUGGACGUCAAGUACGGGCCCCAGGGCCGCGUGACUUCCUUCAGCGUCAUGGUGGGCUCGUCCGAACCGGCCGGAGGAGCUGCGCUGGUCUCGGCGUACGGUGCCGGACUGGAGAAAGGCACCACAGGUGUCCAAUCGGAGUUUAUCAUCGACAACACGAUGGCAGGGCAGGGCGCAGUGGCCGUCACGGUGGAGGGCCCGUCCAAGGUUCAGAUGGAGUGCCUGGAGGUGGCUGAGGGCUACAAGGUGCUCUACACGCCACUGGCUCCCGGCAGCUACGUCAUCGCCGUCAAGUACGGCGGACCGCACCACAUCGCCAGCAGCCCCUUCGUCGCCAAAGUCACGGGUCCUCCAUUGGUGAGCGUGACCAACACCAGCGUGUCGUCGACACUGACCCUUGAACCCUCUGUGGAAGCGUCAGUGCUUAGCAGUAGCGGCGGCGGCGGUGGGUCUUUGCAGAGCGCCACAGGCGGGUCGGACGCCUCGGACGCCAGCAAAGUACUGAGUCGAGGCCCGGGCCUGAGCAAGGCCUACGUGGGCCAGAAGAGCAGCUUCUCGGUGGACUGCAGCAAGGCCGGUAAGAACAUGUUGGUGGUGGGCGUGCACGGCCCCCAAGUUCCCUGCGAGGAGGUCCUGAUCAAGCACUUGGGCGACCUGCACUACAAUGUCAGCUACGUGCUGCGCGAGCGCGGUGACUACGUGCUGGUGGUCAAGUGGGGCGAGGACCACAUCCCCGGCUCGCCCUUCCACGUCGUCGUGCCCUGAUGUCGCCGAUUGCUGUCCAAAGUGUGGUGCGGGGGCCCUUUUCCGGCUCUUUAUUUUUUUUCCCCUUUCUGCCGGCCCAAGCUAUAUUUAAAAUGUAGGAUUACAAUGAUAGUCGUCACAACACUAUGCUAAUUAUGCUACUGUAUUUUAGCAUUGAUUUGUUGUUGUUGCUGUUAAUAUAUUUAACAUUUUGAUCUACAGCUCUGAAGAAGUGUAAUAAGGUCAAAAAGCAUUUUUUGGGGGCAUUUUGACCAUGACAAUAUUUGUACAGUAGUACCUUUUGAACCAACAAGGAGAAUUUUAGCAGGCAGCUAAUAAUUCUUUGCAAAUGACUGCUCAAACCAUUUUUUAAGUUUAUUCUAAAACUCAACAUACAAGAAAACCAGUAUCAAUGUUGCAGGAGUUAUAACGCUAACUCAUGUGUUUGAAUACAAAUGGUGCAGGAAUAUGUAGACAAACAAUAUACUCAUUUUCUUAAUCUGCAAAAAUUCUCAUUUUGAAACUGUGCUAAAAAUGUCAUAAACAACUGGAAUGCCUUUUUUCACAGUGUUGUGCAAAGAGCUCAAAAUAUUGCCAAAACGGGAAACACCUUGUGACUCUUGUGUCACACUCCAGUCCAGCAGGGAGAAGAGUAAAACGGCACGUGAGCUUUUGUUGGGCUCGCUUAGGGAACUACUAAGGUUUUACUUCUCCCACAAUCCUUUGCUCCAGCUGUGAACGCUGUUUACUUUAAUGUCAUGGAGUGGGUUCAGCUCGUCUUGUCCCAUUUGAAUGUUGCCUUCUCGUGUGUGUCACUAUGUACAUUUGAUCAUUAAAAUGAACUGAUAUUAC